UGAACGACUCAGUGACGCAAGCGGAAGUGUUUAUAAAUACAGCUGAUUGCCUUUCACGUGAGGAGGACCUCUUGAAACCCUUCUUGCAUCUGGUUUAUUUCAGUGAUACUGUCAUUUAUGUCUUCUGCACUUCGUAAACAGUGGGGAUUUUAACAGCGUUUCUAGACUAAAGAGGAUCAUGUUACAUCUCGCCUCGCUUAGGGGCGAUCAGACCCGGGCAUUGUGAAUCCCGUCUGUGGGAACCCGAUCUGAAGUGAUCGGAUGUGGAGGAAUGAUCCCACUUUGCAUCCUCUCCGUGGCUCUGUGACGACAUGACGACGGGGAAAUAGACAUUUCUACAGACCUAGGCACUGGGUCCUUCUGAAGGAACCACAUAGUCUUGUUUUGGACUUGGACAGCAGCCAUGUCUCAACUUAUUGAUUCGGAUGAAAGCACUCCUCUGCUCAGAGACGAUGCGAGCAGUGACGACUGCCAGGACGCAGACUACAAGAGCCGGUGGAGGUCCAUCAGAAUCAUGUACUUUACCAUGUUUCUCAGUAGUGUGGGGUUCACCAUCGUCAUAACCUCCAUCUGGCCCUACUUGCAGAAGAUCGACCGCGGCGCAGACGCCAGCUUCCUGGGCUGGGUGGUGGCAGCCUACAGCCUGGGCCAGAUGGUGGCCUCGCCCCUUUUCGGCCUCUGGUCCAAUCACAGGCCUCGCCGGGAGCCGCUGGCGUGCUCGCUGCUGAUCAACGUGGGGGCCAACGUGUACUACGCCCUGGUGGCCCUGCCGCCCGCCGGCAACCGCUACCACAUGCUGGCGGCCCGCGCCCUGGUGGGCUUCGGCGCAGGUAACGUUGCCGUGGUGAGGUCCUACGUUGCCGGGGCGACGUCGUUGAAGGAGCGGACCAACGCCAUGGCCAACAUGAGUGCCUGCCAGGCUCUGGGCUUCAUCCUGGGACCAGCCCUCCAGGCGGCCCUGUCCUUCAUCGGGGAGACGGGCGUGGCCGUGGGGGGCGGCGGCCUGCGGCUCAACAUGUACACCUCCCCCGCCCUGCUGGCCGCGCUGCUGGGGGUCCUCAACAUCCUGCUGGUGAUGCUGGUGCUCAGGGAGCAUUUCGUGGACGACGAGGGGAGACACCUCUGCGCCAUCAACUACGGGUCGGAGGAUCAAGUGGAGCUGCAGGAGGCGGAGGGCGACAUCGACCCCAUCGCCGUGCUCACCUCCAACCUACUCUUCUUUGUCAUCAUGUUCAUCUUCGCCGUCUUCGAGACGAUCGCCACGCCCCUGUCCAUGGACAUGUUCGCGUGGGCCCGGACGGAGGCGGUGCUCUACAACGGCAUCAUCCUCUGCGCCAUCGGCUUCGAGUCCAUCGCCGUGUUCCUCGUGGUCAAGGUGGUGGCUCAGAGGGUUGGAGAUCGUCCCGUGCUGCUGGGGGGCCUUAGCAUCAUAUUCUGUGGCUUCUUCGUGCUGCUGCCAUGGGGGGACCAGUACCCCCUCCUCCAGUGGGAAGACAUCAAGAACAACUCUGUGGUGAACCAGACGUUCUCCAGCCCCCUCUCCAUCGCCCCCCUCGCCCCAGGGGCCUCCAACGGCACGGUGGGGCCCAGAGGCUGUCCCUUGGCCCAGAGCUGGUGCCAGUACACGCCCUCCAUCCACCUGGGCCAGUUCGUCAGUGCUGACGUGCUCAUCGGAGCCGGCUACGCCGCCUGCAACGUCAUGUCCUACACGCUCUACUCCAAGAUCCUGGGGCCCAAACCGCAGGGCGUGUACAUGGGCUGGCUGACAGCGUCGGGGAGCGGGGCCCGGACGCUGGGCCCCGUGUUCGUGUCCAACGUGUACACGCGCCUCGGCCCGCGCUGGGCCUUCAGCGUCAUGUGCGGCCUGGUGGCGGCGGGCGUGGCUCUCCUGGCCGCGCUCUACCGCCGGCUGGUCCCCUUCUCCGUCCGCCACCGGAGGGCCAGGGACACGUAGCCCCCCCCCCCCCCCCCCCAGCGUAGGGGAGGACCGGGGCGCGGCUUCUGACAUCACAGGUGGGCGUGUUCACCCAGAUGUGUGACGGAUGGAUGCCCGACGGUCGCUGCUCGGCCGACUUUCAAAACGGCUUGUAAAGGCUGAUCACACUCACACCUGGUUGGAGAAUAGGUUCCCCAUUUCUAAUCAAUAUAUGAGUGGUGCAUUUCUUUUUUUGGAAACACUAUUGUAACAACAGCACUAUCGGCAAUGUGUGAUAAGUAUUGUGAAUGAUGAACAAAGCUUUGGUCCCAAUUACUCUGUUAUCCAUAUUGGUAUUAGGGCUACGUCUUCUGCGUAUGUUUUGAACAAGCAAUGUUACUUUCCGUUAUAUUAUUUGGCGAAUGAUUUUAUUGUACUGAUUUUAGACGAUUGUAAUUCACAACAGGGAUGUAAAUAAGUGGACUGAUAGUUUAAAGUGUAAAUAUUGAGUGAUUCAUGAUAUUUUUUACGUGUGUAUGAAUGGAAUUUUCAGUCUGUCAAGAAAUGGAGGUGUGUGUGUGUGUGUGUUUGGGGGAGUGUGCGGGGGUGUGAUAGAAUUUGAAUACGGCAACUACCUUGUUUAAAUAAUCUAUGAAAAUAAUGUGAUUUAUUUUGAAUGACGAAUCCAAAGAAAUGUUGAAGGGAAACGUUCAUCAACAAUUAAAAUAUGGAAAUAAGCAAUGUCUUUCAUAGUUAUUUGUGUUAAGCAUGAAAUCUUUCAUAGUUCGUAUAUGCAUUUAGUUGAUUCCAUUGUGUGAGGGCUAUAGGUGAGACCACGAUUUUUAAAUGACUAUUAAUGUUAUUAAUAAUGAUGCAUACGUCUGCUGACGUACACGUUUCAAUGUACAUGCCCGAGGGGCUUUGCUGAGGUGUGUAGGACUGCUGUGUACGUCUCAUGUCUUGCCAGUCUUGUGAGCCAGUGUUGUGCCCGCAACAGGAUGUGGUCCGCCUGGGUUAUCACAAGACACAAAGGAACACACACAACUAUAUCACCCAAAUCCUAACCUUAAGAAGCAGGAUUACAGCUCUGCUAAGAAUAUCUUCUGAGAACUAUCUGUUAAUUAAAUACAUAAAAAAUACUUAAAUACAUUGCACUUUCUAAAAUGCUCAUUUAUUGCAUAUGUUGUCUUUUACUUAUUUAUUAUUUUAUUUUAUUGUAUGGCAAUGUUUAUGCGAGAAGUAGUUUGAGUCUUUGUGUAUGAAAAGUGCUAUAAAAAAUAAAGUUGCCUUUCCUUG